AAACAGUUAUGUACAUGUCUGAAAAUAUGGCCGCUCCUGAAUAGCGGUGUAUGUCAGAUCGUGGAUAAAAUUCAGUAUUAAUCUUCAUAUUUAGAUAAAAUAAAGUGAAAAAUUUCGGAUAAGAGUGCCAAACAGAUUCAUUUCUCGAUAUGUCGGAGGAAAAUGUAAAAGUAGCGGUCAGAGUGCGACCAUUUAAUGGUCGUGAGAGAGAUCGCAAUGCCGUACUUAUCAUUGAGAUGUCUGGGGCUACAACCAAAAUAAUAGACCCAUCUGGAAGUAACGAGGAGAAAAAAUUCACAUUUGACUACAGUUACUGGUCGCAUGAUGGUUGCAAGGAUAACGGCACAGGAUAUUUCGCCCCGGACACUUCUAGCCCGAACGGAAAGAAAUUUGCUGAUCAGCAAAAAGUGUUUGACGAAUUGGGUGUUGGUGUACUGAAUAAUGCAUGGGAAGGCUAUAACUCUACAUUGUUUGCAUAUGGACAGACUGGGUCAGGAAAAAGUUGGUCCAUGGUCGGCUAUGAUGUCAACAAAGGAAUUGUGCCACUGUAUUGUGAACAGCUUUUCAAAGGCAUUGAAAAGAAAGUAGCCGAAGGAGCAAAAUCUCAGUAUGAGGUAACAUUCACUAUGUUGGAGAUUUACAAUGAAAAUUGUCGAGAUCUCCUAGACUCCAGUGGGUCAAAAUCAGCGCUCCGGGUGAGACAGCAUCCUAAAUCAGGAUUUUACGCUGAUGGCUUAAAUGAGACUGCGGUGGGCAGUUACCAGGAUAUUGAGCAGAAAAUGGCUGAAGGAACAAGGAACAGAACUGUCGCUUCUACAAAAAUGAACGCUACCAGCAGUCGUGCUCACACCAUUGUAUGUAUAAAGUUUGUCCAGAAAUCUGUCAACGAUGCAGGAGAAGAAAUGGCAAAAACAUCAGAGGUCAAUUUGGUCGAUCUUGCUGGAAGUGAGAGAGCUGACAGUACUGGUGCCACGGGAGACCGUCUCAAGGAGGGAGCAGCCAUUAACCAGUCAUUGUCAAGUCUGGGUAACUGUAUCGCUGCCCUCGCUGACCAGGCCAGUGGCAAAAAGACCAGAGUGCCUUACAGAAACUCUGUACUCACCAAGCUAUUGAAGAAUGCCCUUGGUGGAAACAGCAAAACAAUUAUGAUUGCUGCCCUGAGUCCUGCAGACAUCAACUAUGACGAAACACUAUCUACACUCAGAUAUGCUGAUCGUGCUAAGCAGAUUAAAUGUUCUGCCAAGGUGAAUGAGGAUCCAACAGCAGCCUUGAUCCGAGAACUUCAGGAGGAGAAUGAGAAACUUAAGGCAAUGUUGUCCUCCGGGAAAGUUGACAUGUCCAUCAUGGAAGGGGAAGAUACCGCUGAUAUGACUGAUGAAGAGAGGGCAGAAAUGAAGAAGGAACUUGAAGAUGAAUACAAGAGUAUGUUGGAGAAGAACAAGAAAGAUAUGGAGAAUAUGGAAGCUGAAUUCCAGAAACGUCUGGAAGAAGCAAAGGCCAAUAGUGACUACCAGUCUAUCGCCGAAAUAAAUGAGAGAAAGAAGACGGACCCCCAUCUGUACAAUUUGAACAUGGAUCCGAUGAUGACCGGCAGAAUUAUACAUUUCAUGAACGACGAUAAAGAAGUCAUCAUUGGUAACGGAAAGGCUGAAGGAACUGACCUUGUACUGAGAGGUGGCAGUAUCAUAGAUGUUCAUUGCAAAAUCAUGGAAAACAAUGGAGUGUACACUCUGGAGACGUUCCCAAAUGCAAAAACAUUACGCAACGGUAAAUCUGUUACAGCUGAGACUAAAACAUUGAAGCAUCAUGAUCGUCUUGUGUUCGGUACGACCCAGUUUUUCGUGUUCUGUAAUCCCAAAGACAAAUCAGGAUGUAAAGUAGAGAAUCCAGACUUUGAGAUGGCACAAGCAGAGAUUGCCACAAAAUCUGGAGGGUUUGACAUGUCAGGACAGAACAAAAGUAGAGAUGAGGCGAUCCUUCAGCAAGACUUACUUGAGAUCAUGCCGGGCGUAGAGGAGGCUAACAGCAUCUCUGAGGCUCUAGAGAAGAGGAAACGUUUUGAUCUCGUCAUUGUAUCCCCCGAGGCACGGGGAGAGUUGACUGGCAGGACUGAGGUAAUGGUGAAGAUGACUGAUAUAGACACCAAACAUGAAUGGAUGUGGAACAGGCAGAUAUUCCUUGAUCGUAAAUGUAUCAUGUCAGAAAUGUUUGACAAAUAUGAGGACGGACUUGAAUGGCAGCGUCCACAGGACAAAGAUCCAUUUUGGGAAGAUCCCAAGGCCGAUUUCCACAUUGGAAGUGUCAAAAUGUGGCUCCAGUCUAUCUCUUACAUGAUUGAAUCCAGUGAGACACUGGACAUUACUGACUUCAAAGGAUCUCCUGUCGGUAAAAUGACUAUUGGAGUAUUCCCAUGUGACCCUAAAGGAAAAGAAUUCACCGACAAGGAUGACAAGUUUGUUGAGGACCCAAAUACUCUGGUUGGCAAGAAUAUUGACUUCAAGGUGAAGAUUACCAAUGCAAGAGGGUUACCCAACAAAUAUACUGAUGUAUACUGUAAGUACAAAGUGUAUCUGGAGGAUAAAUACACACAGACAAAAGCUGUAAAGGACACAACUAACCCUGACUACAAUCAUGAGAGAGUUAUCUCCCUGCCAGGAACUCAGGAGACUGUGGACUUUUUGAAGACUGGGGCAUUUAUUGUACAAAUCUGGGGUAAGCAAAAGGAUCAUAAACCGAAAGGUGGGGCCAAGGUCAAGGCUGGUGGUACUGGAGGAGCUGGCGUCCAUGCCGUCAACACUAACCAGCAGAGAUUCGAUCCAGAAAAAGUGAAAUAUAUGAUGGAAGUUGGUGCAUUGAAAAAGAGGCAAGAAAAAAUGGAGCUAAAACUUGUUCACAUGAGGAGAAUGAUAGAAGUUGCUGAAGAGCAUCAUAAACGUAAAGUAUCGACAAAACUGAUCAAGGAUAUCUACCACGCCCCUACCAAUGACCAAGCUGAGAAAUGCAUUGCUCUCAUACCCUUGGAGAAAGAUUCGGAUGACGAGGAUGGUGGUGGAGAUGGAGGCGGAGACGGAGGUAAACCUAUUGCUCUCGUUCCUCCACAUAGUAAACAAGACACAAAAGGACCUGGUGGCAAUGACAGUCAAAAAGAUAAAAAAGGUGGUGGCGGCGGUGGUGGUGGUGGCGAAAGUGUUACUAUAAUUCUAGCAGGAGGAAAUAACGGAACAGACAAAGAUGGAAAAUCUGGCGGCAAGGGUCAUGGUGGCGAUGGCGGUGGUGGCCGUGGCGGUGGUGGUGGCGAUACUACAGUUUUAGUUGGAGGAGACAAAAAAGACAAAGACGGGAAAUCUGGCGGUAAGGGUCAUCAUGGCGGCAAGGGUCAUGGCGGCAGCAAGGGAAAACACAAGAGAUCAGGGUCAAAGUCGUCAAGGUCGUCACAUAGCUCCUCUUCAAGCUCAUCAUCCGACUCCUCAGAUGAUGAGAAGAAGAGUAAAGCGAAAGCUAAAGCCAAACCAAACAAGCGUGCAAGCUCUGCGAAGAAGUCAAGUGCUUGUGUCCUUCUAUAAGUUAAAAACCCAGAUGAGCUUAUCCCCUUUGUUUUCUCUUCCCCUAGAAAUAUAAUUUCUGGCAAAAAUAAAAUAAGUAUAGCAAGGUUUUUUUCUGAUGUUUUUUGUUUUUUUUUAAGGUACAAAACAUUUAUAAUUUGCCUGUGAAACAUAUAAGAAUUUAUAUCGCAUUACAUCGCUACUCAGAGGUGAAUACCCUCGUCCCUCGCCAACCUCCAGAGGUUUAAAUAGCUACCCUACACAGACACUGCUGCAAAUGAAGACUUUAUUUUUAUACGCCACUCAGUAAUUAACAGGUUCUUGUUUAUGUCUUGUUGACUAUGUUGUUCAUUUUGUGUACAUAUUAUUUCUUUUGACAAUAUACUCUGUACAUCAAAGGUUUGCAGUGCCCUUAAAAUGAAUUUGAUUGUUCAAUACUGAAUAAUUCUGUACGUUAAAUUUGAAAAACAAUAAUUUUGUUGUAUAUGUAAACAUUGUAUAUUUUGUCUUGUACAAUGAUUUUUUACCAUUAGCUGUUUUAGUAUAGUUGAUUUUUCUGCAGUUGUUUUGUCUGUUAACUUAUUUGCUCUUGGAAGUAUUCCGUCCAGUGAAAGUAUGUGUCAGUAUUUUGUUCCUAUACAAGGUCUUGAUUGUUACGUUGUUACAUAAUAUUAUCUUGUGUAUUAAAUGUGUCAUAAAUUAUCUAUGUGUGUGCACAACAUUAUGUAUUAUGUAUCAUUUCAUUAGAUUUCAGGAAUCAAUUAUUGUGAACUUAUUGGUCAAAUCCACGUUUUAUAGUCCAAUAAUUGUAAUUAAGUAAAAUGUUGUGUUUUAAGAAAGUAUCAUCGGUUCCAUUUAUUUUUGUUGGCUAGUGUGACAGUUGCUCAUAUGAAGUACUUGUAUUUUUUUCUCAGUACUUCUUUUAACUAAUAUUAUGAGUUAUAUAUCAAGUUUAUUUAUCUUUUCGACAAAUCAGCUCGCUAGUCUACAAAAAUAUUCAACAUUUUGACUUUCAUUCAUACUAGUAAUAUAAUAUCCUCAGAAUAAAUGUCCUAUCAUUAUGUAAUCUCAGUUUAGCUAGAUUUUUUUAAAGCUCAAGUUUUUUACAGCAUACAUUUAUGAUCCUUGUGUUAUAUAUAUAUACACAACAUACAUGAUACUUUGUGUAAUAUGUAUACAUGGCAUACAUGGUCUUUGUAUUAUAUGUCCACAACACACAUGUUCCACGAGUUAUAUGUACAUCGCAUGCGUGAUCCUUGUGCAUAUGUACACAGCAUACAUGGUCCUUGUGUUGUAUAUAUAAUCUUUGUGUUAUGUGUACACAGCAUAAAUGACCCUUUUGUUAAUAUGUACUCAGAACUUCUGCAAUACACCUAUGAUCUUCACAGAUUUAUACACGUGUGUGUACUCAAAAUGGUAAUAUACACGUUGCAGUAUUGGAACUAUUUUAUAUGAAAUGAUAUAUAUAUACAAGCAUAAUACUACAUGUGCACUUAUAGAUGUUUAGUAUUGACUAUUUGUCAAACAUUAACUGCUGUGUUAUUUUGGAAAGACGGGAACUAUUUGUUUCACAGUAUUCAGUGUCAUCUACGAAAUGAUACAUGUACCUCAAAAUAGUUGGCGCGGAGGUGACAGAUUGUUAAGAAAUGAUGUUAGAAAGUGAUUUACACUUCACCUUCAGGUAGUUAGUGAUCAGAUUGUCUACUUAAUGUAGUCAUGACACUAAUUCUAGCUAACAGUCACAGGACUUACUGAAUAAGUAACAGUACUUUAGUAGUAAUUAAAUGACUAAAUGAAGUAGUCACAUGAUUAUCUGAGGUAAUCACGUGACUAAAUGAAGAAGUCACAUGAUUGUCUGAGGUAAUCAUGUGACUAAAUGAAGUAGUCACAUGAUUAGCUGAUCAUGAAGUGAUUACCGGUACCUGCAUGACCAGUUGCUGGAUUCAGGAUGGUUUGCAUACAAGGCAAGAUUUCAUAAGUGUUGAAAAUACAUUAUAUGAAUAGAUUUGACAGGAAUUGAUUUAAGAAUUUUUUUUUAUGUUGAAAAUUAAAUACCUUUGUAAACAUAAAAACUUUCAUAACCACAAAUAAUUGAAGCUUAAUAUAUGUAUCAGGUCAUAUUAUAUGUAACUGGUGGAUUCCAGCCUCUAAAAGCAAAGUCUGUGAUACUAGUAAUGUGUAAACUUCUCUAGAUUAAAUUGCAUUCUAAUUGGAUUAAUCAAAUCUUUUAAAUAAUUAGUAUAAACCUGUAGCAGGAAUCGAUAUAUCCGAGUAGUGUAAGUGAUUCAAAAUUAAUUUAUUAUUUUAUUAACUUAUUUAUGUUGCUUGGAAGCAAAUACUGUGAUAUUUAGAAAAAAAUAAUAUAUUAUAAUAAAAUAUUUACCCUUAUAGUGCUAGUAAAAUAAUUUAGCUCUAAUUUAAGUUGAAACUUAGGUAUUGAAAAUUGCUAAUUUUGAGUUAGCAUUUUCAAGCUCAUGAGCGGAUUCUGUGAUAAAACUUAAUAUAUCAGUUUCUUUUGUUGAAGCACUUGUUAAGACUUUUACUUGUACCCCAUAGAUUUUUCUCUUGUAGUUGUAACUCAGUUAUAGUCUGUUUUGAAAACUGUUAUCCUUAGCUAGGUUGAAUCAGUUAUAGUCUGUUUUGAAAACUGUUAAUCUUUGCUACAGGUUGACGUUUUCAAGCUCUUGAGCCGAAUCUGUGAUAUUAAGGUUCUGUGAUAUGUUGUGGCGGGUAGUUUUCUAAAUUUCUAUCAUUUUACACUUGAUUGUUGAACAUGCUUUAGAUAUGGGGGAGUUCCCCGCAGCAGGCAGACGUACAAGAAAUUUAUGCAAUUUGGCAGAACUCUAGAAAACUCCACUGCUUCAACGUCAUGUUGUGUAUAUGUUCUGGCAUUCAUGUGCUCAUAGUUGUAGGAAGUGCUUGGGGGCAUUAUGGAGAAAAAAUGGAAUUGUUGUAGGAAGUGGUUGUCAAAUUGGGAAAUAUUUUGGGUGGGUGGGGGAAUUCUUGACUAAUGGGGUAAAAAGUCUUAAGUGGGAAUAGUAUAGAGGAUAGGAUUGUUUGAAUGAUUGUUUGAAUGAGAUGAAAGGUGACAUUUUUCUCUUUUUUUUUUUUUCAUUCUUUUGCUUUUUGUUUCUUCAUUUCCAUCCCAGAUCCUUUUAAGUGUUUGUAAAUAUUUUAUGUUAGUAAGUCAUUUAUUUGAUUUCCCAGAUUUCUCACCCAUUUAAAUACGAACAUUUUUUGUUGUAAACGUUCAAGUUUUAUUUCAUAAAAAUGCAUGACUUUGUAAAUAGUGUGCUUUGUUUAACACAGAAGUAGGUUGCAGUGAGUUUUCAUUAACUUUAAACACAGUAUAGUGCUAUUUUACAUAAUAAGUUGCUACUAUUUUAUCCAUUAUAAGUUCUAAAAUGUAACUUUUACCUAAAUGAAUUGAAUGUCAUUUUGCAAUGUUUUGGAUAUGUUGAACUUCAGGUCUUGAAGGCAUGAAGGAAGAAAAAUAAAAAAUUGUCUUGCAAGAAUUAUAUAAAUACAUUGUAGGAUUAAAAUCAUAUAAAAAUUGUUAGACUUUUUUUUUUUUUAAAUAAUUUAGAUUUAAUUUAAUUACAGUAAAGUUGUUUUCAGUUUGAUUAUGAAGCAAGUAUGAAUUCAGUAAUGAAAAUUGGGCAUAUUUUCAAUAAUUGUCUAAAAUAAAAUGUUUUAAAAACCCAUAUGGUUAAAAUAGUGUGACAAGUAAAAUUAUUUUGUAGUGGAAUUAUAACUAUUGUAGAGGACUGUCCUUAAUUUUCAACCUUUUUUUUGUAAAUUACCUUUUCAAACAAAUUCUCUUUUUCUUUAUUUUAUGAGCAAGGGAUAGUAGUAAAGUAAAAUUAUUUGAGAUCAAAAUCAGAAGAGAAAUCAGGAAGUCAGAAUUGCAUCACAUAUGAAUUUCUUGGCAAAUUUUAUUCUUUGACUUUCAGUAGUUAUUUAAAAUGAUUAGAAAAAUAAUUUCUUUGGAAAUUUGCGUUUUUGAACAUACUUUUAAACAUACAUAAGGUUGUAAAUUAAGGUCGCUAGACUUGGUUAGGGAGCCGUUUGGAACACUGCCAAAAUUUAAAUUUUGAAAAUUACCCAGAAUUCUCUGGGUAUAAAGCUUAUCAAAGCAAACCUGUGAUACUUGUAUAUAAAUUGAUUGAUUAUCAUUCCAUCAAAGAGAUGUUGAAAUGACUUACUGCAUGCACAUCUGUUAAGUAUAUUAUUACUUUAAUACCAAGUCCAAAUGCAAGGCAUUUCUUUGAAAUCCAAGGCAAUUUUACACAUCUGUUUGAUUUUUAGUUGGUUAAUUACUCGAUUAUAACUAAGAACUGGUUUGGUUUGAACAGGGUCUGGGUGACAGACUGAAAUUUGAGUAACAAAAUGUAAAAUUAUGUUUUUAGAAGAAAAUUUUUAAAAAAAGAAUAUCAUUUGAACAUUUUGUAUGAUAUAAAAAGAAGAAGAAUUUAUAAGCCAUUCAAAUAUUGAAAAAAAAAACUGUCGAAUUUUGUACUUUCAGUGUAAAAUGCAGUAUAUAUUUGUCAUUCACAUCUCUAAAUUCCAUGGACAUUUUUGUUUCGCCCAAUUUUCAUUUCAUAUCAUUUCCAUAGAGACAAAAAAAAAAGGAAAAAAAUAGGGUAAAAAAAUGAUAUUUUUACCUCACCCACUGUGCAAUAACUGUAGCCACUUAUUAAAGAUAAGCACUUAUUAGUAUGUUUAUUACUGUAUGAAAGUUUUCAUUUCUGUUGAAUAAAUAAGUUAUGUAAUAGAAACAGUAGCUCAGGAUAUAUUAGAAAAAAAGAUUUAAAGUGAAUACAAAUCGAAUACAGUAACAAAGACUAAUGUGAUACUCUUGAGUAUAUAUAAUAACAGAACAUUGUAUUCUUGUAUGCAAACCAUCCUGGAGGGAAGUCAUCAUGUUGACUGGUUAAACAAAAGCAACUUCCUAAUUUGAUAAAAAAAUAAACAAAUCUUGUAUUUCAGCAAUAAAAGUAAUGUUCAAUGAUUAAAAAAAAAAUAGUAUCCCUUGUAAAGGUUAUGGUUUUACGAAUAUAUACAACAAAAUCCUCAGUUCAAUGGAGUCCUGUCUCUUGUAUUUAUAAUACAAGGAUUUAUCAGUAUAUGAAACAACACAAUCCUCAUUCCUAUCCCUUGUAUAUAUAAUAUGAGACGUUAUGAAUAUAUUAUUCAGCAAUAUUACAUUGUGUAAGUACUGUGAAUUGAAUAGGAACGUUAUUCCAAAGUAACACAUGUCGGGUUGUACAUCACUCAUAUUUAUUUAGCUGCUUUGAAGCGUACUGUUAUAUCAGACCUAUAAUGUAUAUUGGUAUUAAAUUAUAGGGUAAUACUACUGUCUGUUCAUUAAGGCAGAGAUGUUCAGGAUUGUGCCUACAUAAUAACAUUAUUGUUAAAAAAUUUGACUACAGUUAGUCAACAUUUGAAAAAUGCACACAUACUGUUAUGUCAAUACCAUAGUAUAUGUUAUGGGUCUGAUAACUACAUGUAUAAAUUAUAUAUACACACAGUCAUUGCAGGCAAUGAUGGAUGAUAUUUUACUGUAUAAAUUUGAGACAUGACAAUGAAACUUUACAUCUGCUACUUUAUUACACUUACAUAUCAGUACUUGUGUAUUUAUAUCUUGCAUGGAAUUCUCAUGGUUAUCUUUAAGGUAUUUUACAUCUGAAUAGUCUGGGCUACAAAAUUUGUAAAGAAUAUGACCUGGAGGCAUCCAAAAUUGUGUCACAGUCUAAGAUUAUAACUCUGUUUCUAUUUUUAGCAGUUUAAAACUGUUUCUAUUUUUAGCAGUUUUAAACUGUUUAUAGAUAGGUGAUGUUGUUUUAUCUUGAGUAUGUUUCUAAUCAGCAGAACACAUUCCGUCCAUUUUCAUUAUGUAUAUACCUUUUCAAUUUUACUAAAAAUAUAUAUUUUUACUGUUUAACCGUCCACUGUUAGAUUAUGUUAAAUUUCUUUUGAAUUUUUUAUGAUUCUCAAUAUGUAUCUCCUUUCUGUACAUUCAUAGCAUUAUAAUGCCUGACUAAUGUUGAAGUGGUCAAAAUGCACAAGGGGUCUGGGAUAUUUGCCUGACUUUUUAAGCAAAUUUAUCACAGCUCAACACUUACAGACCUGGCUGAGUUGAAAAUGCAUCUUUCAUGUUUUGUUCUUCUCCUGUCUAAGAGAAACCUUUGCAGUUAGAACUGUUUUGGCUAUACAACUUAUUUUCAGCCAGGUCUAUUAAGUGAGACUGCUUAUAAAUUAUAAGUUAAUUAUUGCACAUUCCUAUCUCCAUAGUUUUCCUGUAAAUGAGGUUGUGAAAGCUAACGACCACGUUAAUUUCAACUGUGUUUAACCCUUACCCUGCUAAAUAUCUAAAAUGGACCAGUCCAUCAUCCAAUUUGGGCCAUACCACUUAUUAUUCAAAGGGGUGUUCACUGAAAAAUUACUGACUGAAUAGCGAACAGUGCAGACCAUGAUCAGACUGCACGGAUGUGCAGGCUGAUCUUGGUCUGCACUGGUCGCAAAGGCAGAAUCACUUGCCGCCAGCAGGCUAAGGGUUAAUAAAUAUAUUCUGGGACUACAGCCAUUUUUACAGGAAAAAAUAUGGAAAUGUUUGUCUAUUUAAUGUAUUUAUUGGCAUCUGAGACACUCACUUCCAAUUAAUUUAUGUGGAGUUUUUGUUGUAGAUAGAUUUAAGCGGAUAAUUGGUUUGAUAGUGGAGUCCAGGUGCUGGAUCUAGAGAAGGACCAGGACCGAAUUCAUCAAUAUUCUCAGUCUAAAUCUUUGAAAUGCUUGAAUUAUUUUGUCUUAAAUUUGUAAAUCUAGUACAGACUUUAAUGAAACUUGGCUUGAAAAUGAUAUAUAUUACAACAAAAAGCUGUGUGAAGUUUCAGCAGUAUAAAUUUAUUACAAAGGAAGUUAUGACAGUUUGAAUUUUCAGAGACUUCAGGCUUCGAAUUUUGAUGAAUUCCAGCCCUCAUAGAACUUAAUUGGUAAUGUACCGGUGGCAAAAUCUUAACUGGUGUUAGUAUUAUACACGAAGGCUUGAAGGAAAAGGUGUUGUUGAAAAGAUGUAUUAUUAUCUGGGAGUUUUUUUUUUUCAUUUUUGGAUCAUUACUUUAAAAAAUAAGAUUGGUUGAAGUUUGUAGGCAUUUUUAUUUUAUAUCACUGCAUGCAAUUUGCACUUUAUUUGAUGUAAAAAAAGUACAAAGAACAUUUUUAUUUUUGUAAUAUAUGUUAAUUCAUUUCUAGUAAAGGCUAUUUCAGUAUUAUAGCAAUGUACACACUGAUUAAUUACCAUGGUUUCAGUUUCCAUAGUUUCAGUUUCCAUGGUUUCAGUGAACAUGAUCUCUAUAUGCGAAAUCCAUAAAAUUAAAGCAUUAUGGGUAAAUUGACCGUUGUAGAACAAAGGAAGUGUGAAAAAAGCUCAAAAAUCUGUAACAGUAAUAUGGAAUAAACCUUUCUUUUGUAAUAAA